CUCUCUCAUUUUGCAAUAAUAAAAUUAUUAAAUGAUAAGCCGGUGCUAAUAAACGCUAAAUUUACCAAAUACUAGAUACAACAAUAAAAAAGAUCGUCAGUGUAUAGACCAAAUUGUCUUCUGCUGAUUCUAUUUAAUUUAGAAAAACAAAAAAAUCUUGGGUAGAGUAAGUAAUGCUAGAUUUGUGAUUUGUUUACUAUCCACUAAUUGUUGUCAACAGGCCAAUAUGGCUAAACUGGACGAGAAAAUUGGUUUCAUUGGUGGUGGCAACAUGGCUUUUGCCAUUGGUUCUGGUCUUAUUGGUCGAGGCAUAGUAAAAUCCGGUCAGGUGUUUGUCUCUGGCCCAACUUUGGAAAAUUUACAAAGAUGGCGUGAUAUUGGUGUUGCUACUUCGGACGAUAACAACAUAGUAUUGGAUAAAUCCGAUAUCAUAUUUAUUUGUGUUAAGCCUCAUAUAUUGGCACCUUGUGCCAUACAUCUGCGUAAUAAUCAUGUGCGUACACCCAAAGAUAAGGAUAAGCUGUUUGUGUCGGUUUUAGCUGGUGUCAAUAUACACGACUUGGAGGAGAAUUUUUCUUUCAUUGAUGGUCUGAAAAUGAUACGUACAAUGCCCAAUACCCCCAUGCAAGUGGGUGAAGGUUGUACAGUGUAUACUCCGGGCUCCUAUGUAGUACAACAGGAUCUGGAGAAGGUCCACCUCAUGUUAAAUUCAUUGGGUAUUGCCCAGCAAGUUCCCGAAUCAAUGAUAGAUGCUGCCACCGGUGUCUCGGGGUGUGGACCAGCAUUUGUCUAUACCAUUAUAGAGGCUAUGGCUGAUGGGGCGGUUAAAAAUGGUGUGCCCCGGCAAAUGGCUUUGCAAUUUGCCACACAAACCAUAUUGGGAGCGGCCAAAACAGUUAUGGUUUCCGGCAAACAUCCAGCAGUGCUAAGGGAUGAAGUUUGUUCUCCUGGAGGAGCGACUAUAGUGGGAGUGCAUGAACUGGAAAAGGGAAAUUUAAGGUCUACUAUCAUCAAUGCCGUCGAAAAGUCCUCCCAGCGAUCUGCAGAGCUAGGGCGUAAAGGCAAAUAAAUUGAUUGGUGCUAUCCACAACCAUUUCAACUACUUAGAGCUAGUACUUAAAAAAUUAAUGUGUGCUCCUUCCUUCAUUAUAUGUAAAAAAAAUACGCCGGCCCAUUUUAAUCCCCAAUAAAUAUAUACUCGUAGGAGGUUUUUAAAACAUU